AUGUCUGACCCUGAAAAUGAUCGUCGACGGACUAAUCCCGAUUAUGAUUCUUCGAGUGAUGAAGAGCCCCAAAACUAUCGCUCCCGCGUAGAAGAGUAUGCGAACAAACCCGAUUGGCCUCGCCAACCUCUCUACGAAAUUAACGAAGUUGUUUACGUCGCCGUCCCUGGUCAAGCACAGCCAACUGGCCCGUACAUAAUUAUCUCGACCAACUUCGAGAAUAGGACGUAUGGGCUCAAAAGGCAGGACACCGGCCAGAUGCACCUAACAGCGGUGGCGGAAGUUGAUCUCCGGGUGUUAGUCUGA